AUGGCGGACGGACAACCGGGCGGGAUCGGCGCGCAAAUCGGCAACGCGAUCACCGGCAAGCUGACGGAGUCCAUCAAGAGCAUGGACGUGAUGUCGCUGCUACAGAACAUAAUGGCGGCCACGCCCCACGACGAGGAGUCCCAAGCGAUCAAGCAGAGGCUGCAGGGCGUGAUGAGGCAGUACACGGAGAUGUCCGAAGAGGAGAAGGUCCAAUUUGCAACACAGCUUAAGGAGGCCCUGGCUUCUAAACUGCAAGCGAAGCUGCAAGACGUUCCGUUGGACCUCUCCGGCUUGAACGAGGCGAUCGGGAACGCAAUCAUGUACAAGCUGGCGCUCGUCGCUUUCGGCGCUUUCGUCGUGUUCGUGGCCGUCGUGUUCUUCGGCUACAAACUCUACAAAUCCAUAAAAGAUAAAGAGAAGAAACGAGAGGAGAAGAAGAAAGCGAAACAGAUGAAGAAGAAGAAA